AUGGGAGACUGGAACUUCCUCGGAGGGAUCUUGGAGGAGGUGCACAUCCACUCCACCAUGGUGGGAAAGAUCUGGCUCACCAUCCUGUUCAUCUUCCGGAUGCUGGUUCUGGGCGUCGCCGCCGAGGACGUGUGGAACGACGAGCAGUCGGACUUCAUCUGCAACACGGAGCAGCCCGGCUGCCGCAACGUCUGCUACGACCAGGCUUUCCCCAUCUCCCUGAUCCGCUACUGGGUGCUGCAGGUCAUCUUCGUGUCCUCACCCUCCCUGGUCUACAUGGGCCACGCCAUCUACCAGCUGCGAGCCCUGGAGAAGGAACGCCACUGCAAGAAGGUGGCUCUCCGCCGGGAGCUGGAGGCGGUGGACGCUGAGCUGGUGGAGAUGAAGAGGAGGAUUGAGAAGGAGAUGAGGCAGCUGGAGCAGGGGAAGCUCAACAAGGCGCCGCUAAGAGGCUCGCUGCUGUGCACCUACGUGGCCCACAUCGUCACCCGCUCGGUGGUGGAGGUCACCUUCAUGAUGGGCCAGUACAUCCUGUACGGACACCGGCUGAACACUCUGUACAAGUGCGACCGGGAGCCGUGUCCUAACGUGGUGGACUGCUUCGUGUCCAGGCCCACAGAGAAAACUGUGUUCAUGAUGUUCAUGCAAGCCAUCGCCUGCAUCUCCCUGUUUCUCAGCCUGCUGGAGAUCAUGCACCUCGGUUACAAGAAGGUCAAGAAGGGCAUCCUGGACUUUUACCCACAUCUGAAGGAUGACCUGGAUGAUUACUAUGGCAACAAGUCAAAAAAGAACUCGGUUGUGCACCAGGUUUGCGUGGGAACUUCUGCAGGACGCAAGUCAACCAUCCCCACAGCUCCGAGCGGGUACACGUUACUACUGGAGAAGCAGGGCAACGGGCCCAACUACCCCCUGCUCAGCGCCUCCUCCGCCUUUGUCCCCAUUCAGGGCGACACUGGUGUGAGGCUGGACAUCCAUAAGGACGGUAAGGAGGGAGUGCCAAGCCCCACGGAGCACAACAGCAACUCCAACAACACCAGCAGCGACACACGUUCGCCUCCAGCAGACAAACAGGACGAACCGGAGGAGACACCUUCGCCCCGACACGAGGACGAGGAGUAUCCCACCCUGCCUGCAGCCGACACCUCCUCUUGCUCCGCUCUGUCGGGCGUCGCCAGGAAGUCGAGGAGGAUCAGCCCACAGUGGAACUGCUCCACAGUGAUGGAGAGCAACGGCUCAGACAGCGGAGACUCGUACCACGGCAGCAGCAGCAUGAAGCUCCGCAGCAGCUGCGUCGGGCCCAGAGCGAGGAUUCACUCCAAGUCAGACAUUAAGAGGUCGAGCAGGUCGCAGAGCCCGGACUCUGUAGGAGAACUGAGCUCCGUGUCCAGACACAGCAGAGAGAGCAACAGCCGGGACAGUAACAGUCCUACUGCCUCCUCUCCGAACCGCAGAGUGUCAGGAACAAGUAGCAGCAGCGGCAGAAGAGCUCCGACUGAUUUACAGAUCUGA